CUCAUAACCAAUUGUUCUCACAGUGGUUGGGGGGUCAGUCCUUUUUGCUCUCAUUAUCAAGACGCCGGAGUUGAAUGUUUAAAAACAGUGCCUCAAUUAAGGUUGCAAGGGCCAUUAGCUUCAAAUGGCACAGGGCGUGUUGAAGUAUUCUACAAUGGAACCUGGGGAACAAUCUGUGAUCGUAGAUGGGAUAUCAAUGAUGCUAGGGUUGUUUGUCGUCAACUUGGUUAUCGAGAUGCUGUUCGAACCCUUGAGAGAAGUGAGGUUCCUUCUGGUUCAGGUCAAAUAUGGUUAUCUGACGUCUAUUGCAGCGGAGAUGAGCGAAAUAUAGCAAGUUGUUCUCACGAUGGUUGGGGGAAAAGUUUUUGUUCACAUUAUAAAGACGCAGGAGUUGAAUGCACGAAUACAGGCAAAAAUAAGAAUCAAAUCCAUGUUCGUUAUACGUGCUGUUUUAAUUUAAUGAUUUCUGCUUAUUCUUUAUCUUAUUAUGCCAAAACAAAAUGGAGUUGAAAAGGAGUUCAUGGAGAAUAGGACAUCAAUACGAUCACCUCAAAUCGCCAUAUUCUUUCCGAAUCCCAGAUAACAAAUUUGAUCGACAUUUUUAUAAAUACAGCUAUAAAAUGAAUGCCGGAAAGAGUACUAAAAUAUGUCACCGCUAAUUACUGAAACGUUAACUUUCUUAAGGCGGAUUUUUAUUCAGUGCGAAAAAUUCGGCUUUUUGCGAUCGCUUUCGUUUGAAAAAUAGACAAUCAGGUAGUACUAAUCCCACGAGAUGAGCUUGACUAAGCACAUUUGAAAAGGAAGCAAUCACGCGACAUUUUACACUGAAUGAAAAUCCACCCUUAGUGAGAGAGAUUGUGGCUAUUCACUUUCAAAUUGAUGCCAAUGAAAAAGAAAAACUCAUUCAAGCAUUUACAUUAACUAUACUGCAUUGAUCUCACGCUAUUCUUCUAAGAUUUCACCGAUAUACCUGUGAGAGUGAGGUUACAAGGACCAUCAAGUGAGAACGACACAGGUCGUGUUGAAGUAUUUUACCGCGGACAAUGGGGAGGAAUCUGUAAACAUGGAUGGGAUAUGAGAGACGCUAGGGUUGUUUGUCGUCAACUUGGUUUUAAAGAUGCUGUUAGAACGCUUCCGUUGCACGAGGUUCCGGAUGGUUCUGAUAAAAUUUGGUUAUCUCAAGUCUCUUGUACCGGAAAUGAGCAAAAUAUAACAAGUUGUUCUCACGAUGGUUGGGGAAAUCAUAGUUGCUCGAGUCAUGAUAUCGUGGGAGUUGAAUGUACAAAAAUAGUUAUACAGCUAAGGUUACAAGGGCCGUUAAGUUCAAACGGCACAGGACGUGUUGAAGUAUUCUACAAUGGACGUUGGGGAACUAUUUGCGAAGAUGGAUGGGAUUUGAGAGAUGCUAGGGUUGUAUGUCGUCAGCUUGGUUAUAAAGAUGCUGCAAGAGCACUUUACGAUGGCCAGGUGCCUUCUGGUUCUGGGCAAAUAUGGUUGUCUGAGGUAGAUUGCAAAGGUCAAGAAAAUAAUAUAGCAACUUGCUCUCACAGACGUUGGGGCUCUCAUAGUUGCUGGCGUCGCCAGGACGUUGGAGUGGAAUGCACAACAAAAGACUUUACAGAUACGCCUGUAUUGCUCAGAUUACAAGGCCCUUCGAGUACAAAUGGCGUUGGUCGAGUUGAAGUAUUCUAUCAUGGAUAUUGGGGGACAAUCUGCGAUUAUACAUGGGAUAUGAGAGAUGCCAUGGUUGUAUGUCGUCAACUUGGUUACCAAGAUGUUGCUAGAACUCUUCAAAGAGAAGAGGUUCCAUCAGGUUCUGGGCAGGUAUGGUUAGCUCGCCUCGCUUGUACUGGAAAAGAGCAAAAUAUCACAAAUUGUUCUCAUAGUGGUUGGGGUGUUGAUCCUUGCUCUCAUCGUGAAGACGCUGGCGUAAUAUGUAGUACAACAGAUUUAUCAGCUACGCCUGUCAAUCUAAGAUUAAAAGGUCCACUGAGCGCGAAAGGUAUUGGUCGUGUUGAAGUAUCGUAUCAUGGAUAUUGGGGGACAAUCUGUGAUGAUGGAUGGGAUAUGAGAGAUGCGAGGGUAGUAUGUCGUCAACUUGGUUAUAAAGAUGCUACAAGAGUUCUUCAGAGGAGCGAGGUUCCUUCUGGUUCAGGGCAGAUUUGGUUAGAUAACGUCGCUUGUACUGGCAAAGAACAAAAUAUCUCAAGCUGUUCUCAUCCUGGUUGGGCGGUUUCCGGUUGUGAUCAUUCUCAAGACGCUGGUGUAGAAUGCAGUACAACAGAUUUUUCAGCUAUGCCUGUUGGACUAAGAUUACAAGGACCGUUAAGUGCAAAUGGUACUGGUCGUGUCGAAGUAUUCUAUCAUGGCUAUUGGGGGCCAAUAUGUGAUUUUUUUUGGGAGGAAUCAGAAGCCGAGGUUGUAUGUCGUCAACUUGGAUAUAAUCCAGAUGAUGCAAAGAAUCUUGAUUUCCACCUGGCUGCUCCCAGCACUGGACCGCUAUGGUUAGCAUACGUCGAUUGUGAUGGGGACGAACAAACAAUUACAAGUUGUAGUCAUGAUUGGGGAGUUAGUCAUUGCGCCUUUGAUCAAGUGGCAGGUGUACAUUGCUCCGGGAUAGAUCUUUCAGCUGUACCUGUGAGUCUUAGGUUGCAAGGGCCAUCAAGUGCAAUUGGGAUUGGUCGUGUUGAAGUACUAUAUCGUGGAUAUUGGGGAACAAUCUGUGAUGAUAGAUGGGAUAUAGAGGAGGCUAGGGUUGUGUGUCGUCAACUAGGAUAUCCGGCUGCUAUUAGGGCUCUUCGAAAAAACGAGGUUCCAUCCGGUUCUGGCAAGAUAUGGUUAGACUACGUCCGUUGUACAGGGAAAGAAAAAAGUAUAGUGGAUUGUUCUCUUAGUAGCUGGGGUGGGGAUGAUCACUGCUCGCAUAAGGAUGAUGUCGGAGUUGAAUGUAAGGCAAAAGAAACUACCACAGCAAAUCCAACCGAUUCAGUUAAUUCUAAAACAGAUAAAUCGAAUUCAGGCAAGGAGUCGGACAGCGCACCUCAAUGGCCUAUAUUUAUGACAAUACCAGCAGUCGUCAUCGUCGGGAUUAUCAUUGCCUGUGUCGUGAUAUUUUAUCGUCGUCAAAGGUUAAAAAGAAGGAAUAUUGAACCAGAUUCCAAACCUCAAACUACAAUUAAAAAUCCAGUUUACGGUCAGUCGGAUCAUGUCGGUCUCACACAAAGUGCAGCUGCAGACAACGUGGGUUACGUCUCUAAAGAUUUGGUUGAAAAUACUUCGAUGUGAUUGGUUAAAAGUGUGAUUGGUUAUAUAUACAGGGUGUCUCAAAAAAAACGAAAACUAUUGAAAUCACUCAUUGUAAAAAUUUGUAUGCCGUGUUCACGAAUUUCAGCCCUUGGGGAUUUAACGCAACUGAUAAAAUGCUAAAUGCUUUGUGUUGCUAGAAAAAGGGGACAUGUCGAAGGUCAUGGUUCUUGAG